GCUACGCCAACAAGUGCCUUUUUUAUUAUGAAUAGAUUGAGUAUGAAAAAUAUGAUGGAGCCAAUAACAAACACAAUGGAGUUUAAACUUCAAGAUCCAUUCCUCCUGUACAGGAAUAGUGCAAAAGAGAUAUUUGGUAUUUGGUUCUAUGAUGUCAAGGAAUGCAAAAGACUAGCCAGCCUAUUGACUAUGAUCAGUUCCCAGAAAAAUGCAUCAGGAAGUGCCACAGUCAUUUCACCCAAACCAUCAUAUACUCAAGAGAAGCCAAAGGUACAGAUAUCAGCUGUAGCAGUGAAAUAUAUUCCUAUGGGAAAAUUAUGUGAUGGCAACAAGGAUUUCAAUAACAUUUUCCACAAGUGGCUGCUGCUGGUAUUAGUGGAAAGUCCAAGCAAUACCACAGAGGAAAAAGUUGAUAUCAUGCAGUUAUUUGCCAAGGCCCAGGAGAAAUACAAUAAUCAGUCCAAGGCAAGCGGUGCAAGUGCAGCAGCUACUCAGGUAGUAAACGCAGCCCCAAGACCACAGAUACCUUCUGAGCAAAGAGAACAUCAACAGCGAUUCCUCCAACAAAACCAACAACCACUGGAACAGUUUCAAAAAAUAUUGCAAACUCAGGACACACAGCCAAAGAAGCAAAGAGCACACUCUACCCCUGUCCCCUACCUGUUAGGAAAUUUGUCACUGUCCCCUGUGGGGAAAGGACCAUCCAAAGGGGAGGGGCAACAGAAUGGUGUAUCACCAGCAAGGGAGGGACAGACAAGUAAGAAGAAACUGAAAGUGAAGAGUAUCCCUCUGUCAGAUGUGAAGGCUCCAGUAAUUUCAGGAUCCAUGAAUAGAAGUCAGGAUGACUCUGCAGUUACUGAACAAGGAAAAGCAGGUGCACAAAGAAAGUUAUUUCAGAAUGAGAAGGUGGAAACAAAAAGCCUGGCCAUGGCAUCUGCAACACCCACAGUUCCUCCACAGACAAUAAUGGCGUCUCAAGCAAAGGACUCUCCUCAGAAGCCACAGCUGGACCAAGGGGGUGCCACAGCAGCAUCACUUAUGUCUCCAUUAGCGUUCAAAACCUCAGGGAAAGUGACUGUUCAAACACCAACACCACCUCAGCCCAAACAGCCUCCAAAAAUGGACAUCGCUCCUCUAACACAAGAACAGCUAGUUCAAGCGCUGACAUAUUUAUUAAAGAAUGACUCGCAGUUCGUAGCCAAAAUACACGAGGCAUACUUCAAAAGUCUUCAGGAGAAAUUACCAACGUAGCCAUAACUGUCUCCACGAUUGGUAUUCCUUUGUCAAUCAGCAGGCAAAAACCUGGAUUCCUUUUUGCAGUGGGACACCAAAGGUAGAAGAUAUCGACCUGAAGGGUUAUGUGAAGAAGGAUAUAUGAUGGCAAGGUUUAACACGUUUUAAAUCCAAUUGAAAAUAAUUCAAUAGUAAAAAAUUGCGAGGAUGAUUGGGAAGCUAUGAGUAUCUCGUGAUAUCCAAAAGUAAGUUUUUCUAGCAUGUACAAAUUUUUCCUUUAAUUUUAGCUAAUGUUUGUUGUACUUUUAUGUGAUAGAGAAAUAAUUAUUGACCAUGAAACUCAAGCAAAAAGGAAUAAUUAUGGAGACGAAUGAAGGGACUAAAGAUGACAAAUUUGGAAUAAAUGUUUAACCCU